GUGGGCUCCGAGGCUGUGCGGCGCCAGGCUGCGCCUCUUCGUCCAUAUGGCCAACACGGCUUUUGGGCAGAUCUGCUUACUGCCAUUCUUAAUGAGGGUCAUCUGUGCAGAUCCCAGGACACUUGAGAACUGUGUCACCCCUGAAUUUGACUUGGGAUGUGGGCUUUUUGAGCAAAUCAAACCCAGAAUGAACAACUUCUCACUUAUGCGUUCCCUUGACAUUCAUGAAGAUCCCACGUUUAUCCCGGAGGUUGCUGCCAGUGUUACAGAAGACAAGUCUGAGGCUACAAGUCCUUCAGAUGUUAUCAAGCAGCUGACAGAUGCAAGGUCUGAUUCUGCUAGGAACGGGUUUAGCUUCAAAGGGAUCAAAGACUAUCUGGAAUGCUACCGGAGUGGGAAGCUGACACCAUCCCAGGUAGCCAAGAACAUCAUUGCCAUGCUGGAAGAUUGUGACAAAUCCACGCCACCACUCAGAGCCAUAGUGCAAUGGGACCAGGAGCAAAUAAUGCUGAUGGCUGAGGCCUCCACUACUCGUUACAGGAAUAAGUGUACCCUGUCUUGUCUGGAUGGCAUCCCAGUGUGCCUGAAAGAAGAGUUCAAAGUGGUACCUUACCAUCACCGAGUGGGAACAGUGUAUCUUGGGACACAGCCAGAAACAGAAGAUGCUACUGUGGCCAAGAAGCUGCGAGAGGCUGGGGCUAUCAUUAUUGGGGUCUCAAACAUGCAUGAACUAGGGACUGGAACAACUGGAUGCAACCCUAAUAGGUACCACAAGAUUCCUAGGAAUCCCUACAAUCCUAACCACUUCACAGGUGGGAGCUCCAGUGGGUCAGCAGCAGCUGUAGCAGCAGGUCUCUGCCCCGUGGCUAUUGGUACAGAUGGAGGAGGCUCUGUGAGGAUUCCUGCUUCGUUCUGUGGUGUGGUGGGGCUGAAAGGUACAUUUGGGCGCAUCAGUUGUCAUGGCAGCUUGCCACUCUCCUACUCCACAGUGAGCGUAGGCCCUAUCUGUACAUCAGUGGCAGAUGCAGCCAUUGUUUACAGUAUCCUUGCUGAGCCAGAUCUGCUCUACCCAUAUGGACUAAAACAGCCCAGAGCAACCCUAUCUGGUAUGUGUGCUCCUGACCUGAAAGGCUUAAAACUGGGAGUGGACUGGACAGUUUUUAAGGCAUGUGAUGCUGAAGUCCUGUCUGUCUGUGAGAAAGCGGUGAAGCACCUGCAGAGUUUGGGAGCCAUUGUGGUUGAAGUCUCUCUUCCAGAGAUGGAGGAAGCACGAGUGGCACAUGUGAUCUGCAUUCUCAGUGAGAUGAGAGACUUCCUGCAACCUGACUUCAAUAAACAUUUCCAUGAUAUGAAUUUGGAAACUCGGGCUAGCCUGGCCUUGGCUUCCCAGUUCACAGCUCUGGAUUAUAUUAAGGCAAAUCGACAGAGAACUCGGAGCAUGAGAUUUUUGCAAGAGAUCUUCAGCACUGUGAACUGUAUCCUUACACCAGCUGUUCCUUGCACUGCCCCAAGAAUUUAUGAAUCUGACCUCUUGACUGGAAGCAGUGAUAUGUCCUUCACAGUCCGGUCCAUGAGGUUCAUGCAGCUCGGUAACUUCACUGGAAUUCCAGGCCUUGUGGUGCCCAUUGGAUAUUCUACUGCUGGGUUUCCGAUUAGCCUCCAGGUCAUGGCAAAAUGGUGGGAUGAAGCUGUUCUUCUGAGGACUGGCCUAAAGCUGGAGCAGUUCCGUGACCAGACCAAAAAACCAUCCAUUUAUUAUGACAUCCUUGCAUGAUGGAGCAACCAAGAUGGGGAACAAGUCUAUUUUUUUCCUAGUCUGACCUGACCAAAUAUUAGUGAACUUGUUUUCAGUGAUCAUCAAAUAAGGCUUAGUAGCAGGCCCAUCUGAGGAAUGAGGACAAAGCACUGAUCUAAUCAGGCACUGAGGCUGAGCAGACAUAAUUUCGGCUCUCUGCUUGGUGGAUAGUCCAGUUUAUUAUAGGGAGACUAACUGUGCUAGCUAGUUGAGUUUUUGCCAACAGGGAAAGCUGCAACUGUCUUCCACAAUUUCUUCCCACGUAGGGGUCCUGUGUAUGGGAGGAAGGCAGUUGCAUCUGCAGGACUGCAUGCAGGCAGUUCGUACUACUGUACAUGGCAAGGUAAAACCUUAACCUUCUCAUGGAACUCCUCCUCCUCCAGAACAGAGGUACUGUUUCUGAAGGGGAAAGGCAGCAAACACUGCCUUGCACCCUCAGAACAAGGAGGAUCUUAACUAAGCUACACUUAGACACUGUACUCAGUACACUGGGAGCAAACCACAAGCCUGUAGCAAAGGAGGUGUUGCUGCCACCAAUGCAAGGUCAGCCCAACAGCUGCACUUGUCUGGGUGCCUCUGAGUCCUGCCUCCCUUCAGCCUGGCAUGCAAGGGGAGGAGAAGCCACACCAUGAACCUUCCUUGACUCUGCCCCAAAGCCCUGGUGCAGUGUUCUGGCUUUCUUUUGCACAUCUCAGUUUCCCAAGCUAAGCUCUGGAGAGCCUCUUGUCUCAUGCUGGUUGCUUAUAUAUAAGCCUACUAUGAUCUAGGUGUCUAAAUGGAAGAAACCACUGGAUGCUAUGAAAUACUGUUCAAGGGGUGCUGAGCCAGCUCAGGUGGAACUUGAAGGAAACAGGUAGAAUUUGUAGGAAAUACCACUGAGCUACUGCAAAAAUUGAAGCUGGAUGCAAGAAAGGUGUUGCAGAAAGCCAUAUGCAGCAAAAACCUGUUCUAGAUAAGAAGCCAGCCUUCUCUUAUCUUUAAAUUACUUCCUAAAGUAAUCAAGGUAGGCAUGGAUUACUGCAUAAAGUAUGGCAUGGCUGUAAGCCAUCCUGUUGUUUUAUUGAAAGGCACCAGACUAUAAAUUCCCUAGUACCUUUGUCCUGUCUGCAGCAUUAGGGAAAGGCUUAGGAAUAACUAAACCUAAGCAUUUGUGUUCAUUUUGGGUUGAAUGCUCAGAGGCAUUUCCUGUUGCCUACCUUACCAGGUAUCCUGGACUUGUGAUCAGGCUGCUGGAGAACUGUUCUACAGACAGCAGAGAUCACUGUAUUCUUACGUAGCUUGGAAGGAAAGAAGAAACAGAAAGUAAUUGCAGUUUCUCAGUACAGUUUUGGGAUUCUUUUUUCCCUCCAUACCUACAUAUUCCUUAAAAAGAGCUAGCACUUUACUAAUGGCUGAAGUUGUCAAAUGGCAUCUGAAUGCAAGAACAUUGCAUUGCUGUCCCCUGCUUAAUUACCUGAGUUAAAACAUCAACUCCUACCAUCAGCUGUCACCAGCAUGUACAGUUACUUCUAUGUUUUAUCUUGAAUACCUCUAUGGGAUACUGCCACAACUGUUUUUUCACUGCAGCCUAGGAAGCUUUAGGAAGAACAGUCUCGAAGCAAAGUAUUUCCUCUAUUAUUAAUGAUAAGUUAUUUACACUGCCAACAUAAAUGACAGUGAAACUGCUGAAAUGUACUGCUUAGCACUUCAGGGACUUGGCAAGUGUUUCACAAGAAUAAAUUUCACCUAGGAACAUUACUGCUUGAAUGAAAUAGAUAAAACUACUUAUUUCAAAUCCCUUCCUAAAUGCUACACUACCCUAAAAUCCUAAUUUCAAUAUUUAGUUCAUUGGGUGGGCAUGGUGAGGGGAGCUGAGGUUACUAGGAGUAGAGAGGCUAAAGUAUGUAGUUAUUUUUUUUAAGUACCUGCAUCCUCCUAACAGUGGGAAGAAGAAAGAACUGAGUUUUUACUGACUGUCAGUAACUCAACCUCUCUUUUCACACACUGCUUCCUCCCUUUACCUAAACAUAUCUCAGCAAUGCACAUUUCCAGUGCAAGACUUUUCUAGUACUGAGGUCAUUAAAAUAAACUUAUCCU